AUGCCAAGGGAGAUGGGGAAAAAAAUGAAAGAAAGCAAAGGAUCUAGAUCUGUUCAACCUCUAGUUCACUCGGUCGAAGAUGAAGACGUGAAGAUCGAAGAAGAAAAUGAGGGAGAGGAGAAGAAAAAAAAGCUGCCAAAGCUCAUAGGAGUAGGUGGAACAAAACACUCCAGGAUUGAGAGGAUGAAAAAGCUGAAACUGGAGAAACAUAAAUUGAAGAAGGAGCGCCAGAGGACGAGGAGGAAGGAGCGGGAAGAACUCGGCGAUGAAGCGCCCCCAAAGUUGGAGCCACGAACUCUGGAAAACACGCGGGAGGAGGAUGUCACCGUUCCUGAGCCAGAGGAUGAGGAGAUCCAGGUGGAAGAAGCUGGGGAUGAAAUGGCCACCUACUUCGGGAAGGAGAAGGAACCUCGGGUUGUCAUCACUACCUCGGAGCUACCUUCCUCUAAAACACGAGCCUUUGCCAGAGACCUGAUGACUGUAGUCCCCAACUGCAGAUUCUUCUUCAGGAAGCGUGCAUCUGUUAAAGGUACCAUCCACCGGGCCAUGACAAAUGGCUACACGGACGUCCUUGUCAUCAACGAAGACAGGAAAAUUCCGAAUGGCCUCCUCCUGGUCCACCUACCCGAUGGCCCCACAGCCCAUUUCCGCCUGAGCAACGUGAAGACGACUGCCGAUCUGAAGAGGAACCGAGGCACGUUCGGAGACCACCGACCCGAGGUGCUCUUGAACCGCUUCACCACCCGCUUGGGACAUCGGGUCGCACGCAUGCUGGCUUCCCUCUUCCACUACGACCCCGAGUUCAAGGGGCGACGUGUCGCCACCUUCCACAACCAGCGGGACUACAUCUUCUUCAGGCAUCACAGAUACGAGUUCAAAAACGGAAAGAAGACGGCAUUGUACGAACUCGGACCCCGCUUCACGUUGAAGCUGCGCUCUCUUCAGAAGGGCACCUUCAACACCCAAGGAGGAGAAUACGAAUGGAUACACAAGCGGGGCGAAAUGGACACUAGCAGGAGGAGAUUCUUCCUAUAAUUUGGUGGACUCCUAAUUUUUUUGAAUGAAAUGAUUCUCUUUUGAA